AGCCCAACAAUUCACUUUCUUUACUAUUUUACGUCUCCUAUAAGUGCUCAUCAGUGCUCCACUAACUGAGCCAUGCUUCAUUUCACCAUGAAGCUCUUCUCUGCGACCACUGUUUUCCUGCUUCUGCUCCUCGCUUCUUCCUUCCUCCAAGCUGCCAUGGCUGGCUCAGCGUUUUGUGCGGGUAAGUGCAAAGUGAGGUGUGCGAAGGCGGGGAUGAUGGACCGGUGCCUCAACUACUGCGGGAUGUGCUGCGAGGACUGCAAGUGUGUGCCCUCGGGGACUUACGGCAACAAGGAUGAGUGCCCUUGUUACAGGGACAAGGUCGCCAAAAACAACAAGAACAGCAAGAACAACCAGAACAAACCCAAGUGCCCAUGAACGCUUGAUCCUAUCCAGUUUCUGCAACUAAAAGUAAAAGAAUGGUUUGUCAUCAGUGAAGUGAGUGAUGGAAUGUGGUUUAUGACUUUAUGUAGCCCAUGGAAAAUAUCAGUGAGAUCAUUUUCAUCA